AUGGUGGAUAGCGGGUACUUCCUCAUGGCGCGGUUCAUGACCCUCGUAUAUAGCGAUGCGCUGAGGGUGAUGGCAUGGAUACUACGCCAGAAGCUUCCACCCACGCCUCACGCACUCUACGCGACCAUCGUCUUCCACACCUGCGAGACAACGCAAACGGGCGAAGCUUCUCUGCGCAAUUGCUUGACGCAUGUACGGGGCGUUACGGCGAUUCUCGAUCAUGGGUCCUUCAGGGACCAUCUCGUUCGAGAUCUGAUCGGAACAAUGCUUAUUCGACAGAAGUUAGCCGCAGUAAGCCCAAAGGGGCAGAAUCCACCGCUGUCUUCGAUUUCAUCUGGGCUAACAGCAGGUGCGGCUUUCUGCAUCACGACCUGCCCGUCCAAGGCCACCGACGGGGAUCGGGAGUGCCUGACUCGCGACAGAACCGCAAGGCCCCUCGACGCGAUUCUCGCUUUGCUUGCUGAAAACGUGCGGCUGCAACAAAGGCUGGACGUAAUCUCCCGCCAGCCUCGUCCCGAGUGUAGGGAAGCAGCCGCCCACUGUCUCGACCUGAGACGCGACCUCCUGUACCCUGGGACUCCAGCGUGGCUGCGACCUGCCAAUCCACAGCCACUACCUUUCCCGGAAGAUGGCCUCGCUCACCCACCACCGUACGAAUUCGCCAAUCUAGCCACGGCCAAAACUGUUCUGCUCUUCUGGAUCGUGGCAUUGACGUUAUCCGCAGACUCAUUCUCCCACACCAGGACGCUGUGCCGGGAAGUUACCCAAUCGACGCUCGGUGCCGUCUCAUCGACACUACUAUGCGUAUCGGCCCGCGAAAUCCGCCGCACGGUGGCGUAUCUCCUGCAGCCCAGGAACUUGAUGUCCUCCGCGCAUUGCCUUCUGUUCGCAGUGUCCGUGGUGUCGAAGUGCUACCUGGACGGUCGCGUCGAGGCGGGCUUUGCGUGGUGCCAGGACAUCUACCGGAUUCUUCAGUCGCGGGGGUGGAGGAUGGCCGGGCGGCUUGGUGACGCGGACCGGAGACUGUGGGCAUGCAUUCAGGUGCCCACGGCGGAGGAUAUGGAGUUCGGUCCCCCUAUCCGUCCUGUAGUCGUAUCGAGUUUUGGAUCUACAAUCCCCAGCAUCUGA